ACGCCCGGCGCCGCCGCCCUCUCCGCCUAGCCGGGCGAGGCCGGGCGGGUCUUCGUCUCAGCCGGUCCUGCCGGCCGGGAGCAGAGCGGCGAGCGCGCCCAGAGCCGAGCAAGCGCCCCGCCGGGAUGGGGGGGCCCCUGGGCCUGGAUCCCCCGCGGGCCGGCCCUUGCCUGCUUCUGCUCGCGCUUCAGCUGUUGCCCCGGAUGCGGGCUGACCCCAUAGAUGUGCUGGCCGGCCUAGGUGUCCGAGGGGGCCAGGCCCGUGUCCCAGAGGUGCCUGGUUUGUGUCCCCAGAGGACCCCGCAGGGGGACCGAGCUUUCUCCGUGGACAAGGCCAGUUCCUUGGCGGUCCCCACGCGUGAGCUGUUCCCGGACGGCUUCCCUGAGAACUUCUCGGUGCUGACAACGCUGCGAUCCCAGCCGGCCCCGCCGUCCGUGCUGCUGUCCGUGUACGGCCAGGACAGCAGGCGGCAGCUGGGCCUGGCCCUGGGGCCAACACGGGGCAGCCUCGGGGACCCCUUCCGUUCCCUCCCCAAGCAGGUCAACCUCACGGACGGCAGGUGGCAUCGGCUGGCAGUCAGCGUGGAUGGCGCAGUGGUGACCUUGGUCAUUGAUUGUGUGCCGCAGCCACCUGCUGUGGGCCAGGGACCUUCCUCGGUCAGCCUGGCUGGACUCACCAUGCUGGGGACCCUCGACCCUGGGGAGGAGGCUUUUGAGGGCCACAUUCAGGAACUGAUCAUCAUCCCCGACCCCCGCGCUGCCUUCGAGGCCUGCGAGCGGCACCUUCUGGGCUGUGACCAGCCACACCCGGGACCCUUGGAGCACCCCCAGGUGGAGCCAGAGACGCCGGCCCCCAAGAGGAAGGGGAAGGGCAUGGGGAAGAAGAAGGGCAAGGGCAAGGGCAAGGGUCGGAAGAAGAACAAGAACACAGCAGCCGUGACCCCACCUCCCGGCCUCCCGGAGACCCAGGGCGUCAUGGAGGAGAUGGAGAUGGCAGCAGGGCUGGAGAGCGCCACUCACGGCCCCCAACCGGCGCCCCCGCCCUCUCCGAGCCCGCCGCUGAGCCCGCCUCCGAGCCCCUCGCCUGUGGAUGCCACGGACCCGGUGACCUUGAGCAUGGGCAGCGAUGUCACUAUCCCCGAGGGGCUCCUGGACCCUGAUAGCGGAUCGGAACUGGAGACCCUGGACCCGGCGUUAGCCGGAGAGGGCGAGGAAGAAGGGGGUGACCCCACCAUAGGCCCCAACUUCCGGGCAGCAGAACGGUCAUUGCGGACGCACUUCCAGAUCUUUCCAGACGCCGGAGAGAAGGGCGAGAAAGGAGAGCCCGCGGUGGUGGAGCAGGGACAGCAGUUUGAGGGCCCUCCUGGAGCCCCAGGACCCCGGGGGCUGGCUGGUCCGUCGGGCCCUCCUGGCCCCCCCGGAAUCCCUGGGGAUCGAGGCCUGCCGGGCCCCCCUGGCCACCCAGGAAUGCCGGGCAUGGACGGCAUCCGCGGCCUCCCGGGCACCGUGAUCAUGAUGCCGUUCCAGUUUGCAAGCAGCUCCCCUGGAGGCGCCCCCAUAUCCUUCCAGCAGGCCCAGGCCCAGGCCGUCCUGCAGCAGGCUCAGCUCUCUAUGAAGGGCCCCCCUGGCCCCGUGGGACUCACUGGACGCCCGGGCCCCACGGGUCUUCCUGGGUAUCCCGGUCUGAAAGGAGAGAUGGGAGAGACGGGCCCACAGGGUCCCCGAGGCCUUCAGGGACCUGUUGGGCCCCCUGGCCGGGAAGGCAAAAUGGGCCGUGCCGGAGCAGAUGGGGCUCGGGGCCUCCCUGGCGACACAGGACCCAAGGGAGACCGGGGCUUUGACGGCCUCCCCGGGCUGCCUGGGGAGCAGGGCCAGCGGGGUGACUUUGGCCGGGUGGGGCUGCCGGGGCCACCUGGGGAAGAUGGCAGGAAGGGAGCAGAGGGACCCCAGGGGCCCAUGGGCCAGGCUGGAGAACCGGGACUCCGGGGACUGAUGGGUCCCAGAGGCUCCCCUGGCCCCCCCGGACGUCGGGGCAUCAACGGCGCCGAUGGUGCUCCGGGGGCCAAAGGAAAUGUGGGUCCUCCUGGAGAACCAGGUCCUCCCGGCCAGCAGGGGAACCCCGGAUCCCAGGGACUGCGAGGCCCCCAGGGGCCCAUUGGUGCUCCCGGAGACAAGGGGCCCCCGGGGAACCCGGGAAUUCCAGGCGCGCCCGGAUCUGAUGGCCCUCCGGGCCACCCCGGUCGAGAGGGCCCCACAGGCGAGAAAGGAGCACAGGGCCCAGCGGGGUCGGCCGGCCCACUCGGAUACCCAGGACCCCGAGGUGUGAAGGGUACCUCUGGCAAUCGUGGCCUCCAGGGAGAGAAAGGAGUGAAGGGAGAGGAUGGCUUCCCUGGCUUCAAGGGUGAUGGGGGGCUCAAAGGUGAUCUGGGGUCCCCCGGCCCCCCAGGCCCCCGAGGAGAGGAUGGGCCUGAGGGGCUGAAGGGGCAGGAGGGGCUGGCUGGCGAGGAGGGACCCCCAGGCUCAGCUGGGGAGAAGGGCAAGUUGGGGCUCCCCGGCCUCCCCGGUUACCCUGGUCGCCCCGGCCCUAAGGGGUCGAUUGGAUUUCCUGGACCCUUGGGGCCUUUAGGAGAGAAAGGAAAGCGGGGCAAGGCCGGACAGCCAGGCCUGGAAGGAGAGCGGGGUUUACCAGGCUCCCGUGGAGAGAGGGGACAGCCGGGGGCUACGGGGCAGCCAGGCCCCAAGGGUGCCGUGGGCCAGGACGGGGCCCCAGGAGCCCCAGGAGAGAAGGGCCCCCCCGGAGUGCAAGGUCCCCCUGGAUUCCCUGGGCUCAAGGGCCCCCCCGGCCCCCAAGGCAAGGACGGGCGUUCCGGGCACCCAGGCCAGAGAGGAGAGCUGGGUUUCCAAGGCCAGACAGGCCCACCAGGACCAGCUGGAGUUUUGGGCCCUCAGGGAAAGGUGGGGGACGCAGGGCCUCUGGGCGACAGGGGUGCCCCAGGCCCCCCCGGACCUCCCGGUGAACAUGGUCUUCCGGGUCCCGAAGGCGACGAGGGCGCCAAGGGGGACCUGGGCCCACCAGGACCGCUGGGGAAGGAAGGGCCACCUGGACUCAGGGGCUUGCCCGGGCCCCCAGGAGCCGCUGGAGACCCCGGACCUGCCGGUUUGAAGGGUGACAGCGGCCCCCCAGGUCCCAUCGGGGCCAACGGCUCCCCAGGGGAGCGGGGACCUCUGGGUCCCACCGGGAGCAUCGGACUCCCUGGUCAGAGCGGAGGCCCCGGUCCUGUUGGCCCCGCAGGAGAGAAGGGGGCACCGGGUGAACGUGGCCCCCCGGGGCCCAUCGGCAAAGACGGGACCCCUGGACCCCUGGGGCUUCCCGGGCCCCCAGGAGCUUCCGGCCCUUCCGGCGAGGAGGGGGACAAGGGAGAGAUGGGCACACCUGGCCACAAGGGGAGCAGAGGCGAUAAGGGCGAUGCGGGUCCACCAGGACCAACAGGGAUACAGGGGCCGGUCGGACACCCAGGUCCCCCCGGAGCUGAUGGGGCACAGGGACGCCGGGGACCCCCAGGCCUCUUUGGGCAGAAAGGCGAUGACGGAGUGAGGGGCUUCGUGGGAGUGAUCGGUCCCCCGGGCCUGCAGGGUCUGCCAGGCCCUCCUGGAGAGAAGGGCGAGGUCGGAGACGUGGGGUCCAUGGGACCCCAUGGAGCUCCAGGACCUCGAGGUCCCCAUGGCCCAAGCGGUGCAGAGGGGUCCCCAGGGCUGAAGGGAGGAGUUGGUCAGCCUGGAGCAGUGGGCGAGAAGGGUGAGCCUGGACAGACUGGAGACCCCGGACCCCCAGGAGCCCCUGGGAGCCCUGGGCCACGGGGAGACUUUGGUGAGAAAGGAGACUCAGGCCCAUCCGGUGCUGCUGGUCCCCCAGGAAAGAAAGGCCCCCCCGGAGAGGAUGGGGCCAAAGGGAAUGUGGGCCCCAGGGGACUCCCUGGAGAUCUUGGAGCCCCAGGAGACCCCGGUGUGCCGGGUAUAGAUGGCACCCCAGGAGACAGGGGAGACCCCGGGGAUGUCGGGGCACCGGGUCCGCCUGGCGCUUCUGGGGAACCAGGCCCACGGGGGCCCCCUGGAAAGAGGGGUCCCCCCGGCCGCCUAGGACCUGAAGGCCGAGAAGGGGAGAAGGGCGCCAAGGGGCUGCCCGGCCCAGACGGGCCCCCUGGGAGAACAGGCCCCAUGGGGGUUCAAGGCCCCCCAGGGCGAGAGGGGCCUGAGGGUCUGCGAGGGAUCCCCGGCCCUGUGGGUGAGGCUGGCCUGCUGGGAGCCCCGGGACAGACGGGCCCGCCUGGCCCCCUGGGUCCCCCUGGCCUUCCAGGGCUGAAGGGAGAGGCUGGCCUCAAGGGGGAGAAGGGUCACAUCGGACUCAUCGGCCUCAUCGGCCCCCCCGGGGAGGCGGGUGAAAAGGGGGACCGAGGACUGCCCGGUGUGCAGGGCCCCCCCGGCCCCCAGGGAGAGCCUGGCAGCCGUGGCCCAAAGGGCUCUCUGGGCCCCCCCGGCCCCCCUGGUGUGGCGGGCCCUCUGGGAGAGAAAGGCGCCAAGGGGUCCCCGGGAGCACUUGGUCCCCGCGGAGACACGGGCCCCCCAGGGUCCCCGGGCCCCCCGGGGCCCCGGGCCGAGCUGCACGAGCUGCUCCAGCGCCACCGCCGGGGGCUCCCCGGCCCGGAGGACGGCCUGGAGGAGGUGUUGGCCUCCGUGUCCUCGCUGAGCCAGGAGCUGGAGCGGCUGCGCCGGCCACCAGGCACGGCCGAGCACCCAGGCCUGGCAUGCAGCGAGCUCCGGCGGCACCACCCACAGCUGCCAGAUGGGGAGUACUGGAUCGACCCCAAUCAGGGCUGUGCCCGGGACGCGCUCAGGGUUUUCUGCAACUUCACGGCUGGAGGCCAGACUUGCCUCUACCCGGACAAGAAGUUUGAGACGGUGAAACUGGCCUCGUGGUCCAGGGAGAAGCCAGGAAACUGGUACAGCUCCUUCCGACGAGGGAAGAAGUUCUCCUACGUGGAUGCGGACGGCGCCCCAGUGAGCGGCGUGCAGCUGACCUUCCUGUCCCUGCUGAGCGCCAGCUCCCGGCAGACCUUCACCUACCUGUGCCAGAACUCAGCCGCCGGGCUGGACGCGGCCGCUGGGGGCCAGGGCCGCGCGCUGCGCUUCCAGGGUGCCUCGGGCCAGGAGCUGGGACUUAACCAGACGGCGGCGGCCACGCUCCGGGUCCCCCAGGACGGCUGCCAGUUCCGGAAGGGCCAGGCCAAAACCGUGCUGGAGUUCAGCGCCGCCCAGGGACGCGUCCUGCCGCUGCUGGACGUGGCGGCCACCGACUUCGGCCAGCCCAACCAGAAGUUCGGCUUCCAGCUGGGGCCCGUCUGCUUCAGUAGCUGAGUCUCAGGGGCCGCGGGAGGGGGCACAGAAGGGACGCCCCCACAGGGGGCCACUAAUGGUGCUGAGGCCUCGAGCCGCCCUAUUUAUCUUCUGCAACUGCCUCACGGUCAGACAAGAGGAAUCUUCUUCCUUCUUCAGCCCCCGGGGGACCCCAAAUCCCUCCCCUCCUCUCGUGGGGGGCCACAGCGGAAGCUUAGCUGGAAGUUUAGCACCCCUGAACCCCAUACAAAGGACUUCCAGCUCGGAGCUGACACAGGCCCCCCCAAACCUGCCUCCCUCCCUGUCCCCCCAAAACUGUGGUGCUUCUGGACCUCCUUGUUGACCACUGGAUUCCCUCCUGUUCAGCCCGAGACGACUCGACGGCUUCCCCUGACAUUUGGGGGAGCAGGGUGGGUGGGGGUCCCCGAGUGUAGGAACCAAAGCUGGACUCCAGAAGAAACAGGGGCCCCCUGGCAGAGCUGAGUGGGCCCCCCCACUGCCUCAGCCCCACCACUCUGGACUGCUGUCCCCGCACCCUGUCUCCGACCCCCUCCCCCAUAUCACCGGGCCAGAUCAGGAGGUGUGGACCGGUGAGUGGAGUGGGGGCAGGGGGUGACCCCGGAUCCCAAUGGUGCUGCCUUCAUUCUCGAGGGAUCCGUGGGCCAAGAGGAGGCCGACUCUGGGGAAUUCGACUCGCUAACACCCGCCGAGGGCUGGAGGGGAUGAGAGAGUCCAGCAUCUUCUGGCCCUGCCCGCGCCCUGCUGGACCUUGGGUCAGAGAAUAAACUGGUGAACUGUGUCCAAGUGUCCGUGCUGCCUGGGGCUCGCCCCACUCACUCUGUGCGUGGAGGGACACCCAGUGAGCAGUGCUCCAGAGCCAGCACCCGGGAGCGAACAGGGUGACACAGGAGAGGCUGUGCCUUGCCGCAGGACCAUCCCUCCAAACCAGCCCAGUUCUAAAGCUCUCCAGACCCCACAAACCCCACACCCCGCAUUGCUGAGGAUGCCAUCUUCUGUGCUGAGAGUUUUGGGGUUCCUAGACAUAUGAGAAGUCCCAAGUCCUCUGUUCUCCGUGGAGGAGGGUGGCAGAGGCCACAUUCAACUCCGGCAUCUCCUGAUAUCUGGGGUGAAGGUACCUGCCGUCAGAGUAACUGGGGUUGGGUUAAGAAGAAUUUUAAUUAACACAGUAAUAAUGAGCCUAAGACCAGGCCAUCUCCUUCCCUGGAUAUUUU